AUGGAACAAAUCGGCAAAAACACCGAAAUAACGCAAUCUGGCCAGGCAAUCCGCAUAAACCUGUCGGCGUUCACCGGCCUAAACGCUCUGUUCUCAUGCUCGCUCGGACCGGCAAGCACCACCAAAAUGCUCAUAAACUCAGCGGGCAUAAAGGUGCUGCGCGACGGGCGCAGUCUUCUCGAUUCCGUGAUGUUCACGCAUCCGGUGACCACCAUAAUCAACAAGGCAGCUGUGCAGAGCCAUGAUCUGCUCGGUGACGGUGUGUGCACGUUUGUUGUGUUUGGCUCGCUCGUCUUUCAGAAUGCGUUUGGACUGGUCACGUCCGGCCAGAACGUGCUGAAGGUCAAUGAGGCGAUUCUCAGGGACCUGAACCUUUUGAUGGAGAUGAUAAAUGGGGAGAAGGUUGCGCUGACAGACGGCGAUCUGAAGAAGAUGCUGUUUUACGUGUUGAACACGAAGAUGGACGAGGAUAUGGCACAGCAUUUCACGGAUGUUGUGCUUAAGGCGUACAGGCCGAAUCUGCAGAUGGUGGAGACCAUGAAAAUGGAUGGUGAUGCGUCUGAGAGCACGGUCAUAGACGGACUGGUGCUUGAUCAUGGCGGCAGGCAUCCGAUGAUGCCCAAGGAGGUGGAGAAGGCGUGUAUUCUGAUCAGCAACAUUUCGCUCGAGUACGAAAAGCCGGAGAUAAAUACCAAUCUGUACUUCAAGAGCGCGGCCGAGCGUGAGAAAUUCGUGGCAGGUGAGCGAGAAAUUCUGAACAAGAAGAUUGACCGGAUAUUGGAGCUCAAGAAGAGCGUGGAGGGCAUGGGCAAAAAACUCGUGCUCAUGACCGAGCGGGGAAUAGAUCUGCCAUCGCUUGACAGGCUGAAGGGCAUGCUUUGCCUGCGAAGAGUGAAGCGGAGGAAUUUGGAGCGGCUGCUGAGGCUGUGCGGUGGCAGGCUCGUAACGGCCACCGAUGACGUGCGCAUGGAGUGCCUUGGUUAUACGGGCAGCAUAACGGUCAAGGAGGAGAAGGACAAGGCGUACACGUUCGUGACGAAAGCACCGUACACGGGGUGUUCGACCGUGCUGAUCUACGGCAGCAACAGCUACGAGAUGGACAGAGUGCAGGUUGCGCUGAAGAGCGCGCUUAAGAUCGUUGAGCUCACGAAAAAUGCACCGUUCUAUGUCAGAGGCGGGCCCACGAAUUUCAAGCGCUGGUCAGAGCAGCUCAGUGCCGCGAACCAGGGCAGAACAGCAGUGUCUGAGGCGCUGUACCAGCUUUACAAAACAAUUCGGGCAGAUGACGGAAACGUGGUGGACUGCUUUGUUGGUCUGAGCCGAACACUUUUUAAUGCUGGAAUGGUCAGCAGCACGCUGUUGAUGGUGGACGAAAUUAUAAAAGCGGGAAAGAGCGUUAAGGAAGAGAAGAAUGAGCAGUCAUAGGUUGAAUUAAAUGCUUGUUAGGUUAUGA